AUGGAUCAACCAUUUGAUAUGUCUAUACAUCAUGGAGGGGUAUUCAUUACACAUAGUGAUACACAUGUUGAAUAUGCUAGAAGGACUAAAUCAAGGGUUUCAGAUGUUGAUCUUGACACCUUUGCUAUUUUUGAUAUGCUUAAGUAUGCCAAAGAUCUUGAAUUUGCACCUGAAAGGUUAAUACACAUAUAUGUGAAGCAUGUUGAACAAGCUAUUAGGGAAAAAGUUGAUGAGAAUCAAGGUAAUGAAGGUGAUGAUGAGCAUGAGUUUCAUAAAGAAGUUGAUGAAGGAGCUGGAGUAGAUGACAAUUUUUUUGAUGAGGACUAUGCUGAUUUGAACACAUCAAAUUGGGUACCCACUUGCUUUAGUGAUGAGGAGCAUAAUAUAAAAAGUGGGGAAAGCGAUUAUGGGCACUCUGACGUUUUGUGCACACAUGUCAACUCUAAGGAUGAUGAAGAGCACCCUAAGUACAUUGAAUUUAGAGCUGAGGUGGAUAUGCCUAACCCCGUUUUUGAGACAGGGAUGUUGUUUAGUGACCACAAGGAGUUUAAGAGGGUUGUGCAGUCUUAUAGAAUCAAGCACAGAUAUCCAUUGUUAAUUGUUAAGAAUGAGUCUUGCAAGGUGAGUUACAAAUGUGAGAAUUGUGAGUGGGAUAUUUAUGCUUCAUGGGACCAUGAAGAAAACUCUUUGCUUGUGAAAACCUAUCGGGAAAAACAUACAUGUUCUAGGGCUUUUCAUAGUAGGAUGGUUUCUGCAAGGUGGAUUGUAGUUGCAUGGCUAGAAGUUUUUAGAGAAAAACCCAACAUAAAAAGUGCUGAGAUAAAGGAAGGUAUAAAAAAUCAGUUUCAAGUAGACAUUUCCCUGGACAAAGCCUUUAGGGCUAGGCAGAUUGCAUUGGAAAUGCUUAAAGGAAGGUUUGCCUAUCAAUUUGAAAGAACUAGAGAUUAUUGUGAAGAGUUGAGAGUUUCUAAUCCGAGCACUACAGCCAAAAUUAAUUUGCAUACACCCACACUGCACUUCAAGAGAAUGUAUGUGUGCCUAGUUACUUGUAGAACUGAAUUUCUAGAGGAAUGUAAGCCAAUUAUUAUUCUUGACGCUUGUCAUUUAAGAGGGUUUUUGAAGGGGCAACUAUUGGCAUUUGUUGGGAUUGAUGGGAAUGACGGGAUGUGGUUUUUGGAGUUGUUGUUAGCUGAUAUUAGUCCUGGCUUACUUCCUGCUCUUGCAAAAAUUGCUCCUGAAGCACAUACAAGGUUCUGUGUUAGGCAUUUAUAUGCCAACUUCAAGGAGCACAAGGGUAAACUAUUGAAGGAUUUAAUGUGGGCAGCAGCAAGAGAGACAACCAAAUCUGGGUUUGAGGGAAAGAUGGAGAUGAUGAGAAAUGUAGAUGUCAAUGCUUAUGGGCAUUUAAUGGGUAUUGACUAUGCACAUUGA